CCGCCAUCUUGCUGGAGACGGUGGUCGCGCGGAGCCAAACUUCUGUGCGUAGUGCUUCGGUCGACUGCCCUCGGACGGAUGGUGUGGACGAGCGAGGAACCGGAGGAGGACUAUAGCAUGGUGAAAAUCGCGGGUGCGGACCCUUUGCCGGAGGAGGAGGAGGAGGAGGAAAAAGAAGAGGAGGAGGAGGAGUUGGGGCGUGUGGCGGAGAGAGAGAAUUCCGCCGUCGCAAGCCGUCUUCUGGACACCGUCUUGAGCUCCCUGUAUGACUUCGGUGAAUCAUUACCAGAUGGAAAGAAAAAGAGCAAAAAGAAACAUCUGAAAGACAAGUUAGCAGUGUCAGCCAGAAAUACUUUAUCAGAAGAUAAAGGUGUGGAUUCUGAAUCUGAAUCUGUAAUUCCAGCCAAGAGGAAGAAUUUCUCCAACUUCUUUGACAGCCUGAAAGAUGAACUAACGUAUGACUGUAUGAAUCAGAAAAAGUCUGUCAUAAAAACUUGCCCCUCUGAUGUUUCCUCACCUAAACUUGUUCAGCAGGGAAACACAACAGAGGUUGAAGUUGUCACAUUCUGUGGUCAUCAUCGAAAGAAGAAAGUGAAACUUGAAAUGGCUGAAGAUGGUGGCUCCACGGCUAAACAUACUGAUCAAAAGAAGCAUGUGAAUGGCCAACAAUUCAACUUGGAAAAAUCCCGUUUGGAAGUGCAUCAGCUUGGGAUCACUGGAUUUGGGAAAAAAGAACAGCGUAUUUUGGAGCAAGAACGUGCUAUCAUGCUUGGGGCAAAGCCCCCCAAAAAGGAAUAUUUGAACUACAAGAUUCUUCAGGAGAAGAUCAAAGAAAAGAAAGCCGUGAAGAAGGAAGAAAAUGUGAUGGAAAAGAAAUCUGAGUCUUUUAAGAGAAGGAAGAAAAAAGGGCAUGAAGAGAGAAAAUCCAAGAAGAAAACAAAGCAGAGAGUAUUGCCAACAGGACAGGUUGGAACGUUUAAAAAUGGGACUCUGAUUCUUCGUAGUUCUGACAUAAAGAAAAUAAAAUCUUCCAAAGUGGUUAAGUGACAUUACUGCAUCAUGAUGAACCAAAAAUAAGAUGAAUAAACUUUGUCAUAAAAACA